UGCUCUGCGCAUCGAUCCAUUGAUCGACCUUCGCAGCAGCUAGCAAUGGCGCCGCUUGCGACGUCUGCGAGGUCGAGGACACUGCUGCUCUCUGCCCUCCUCUGCAUGCUCCUCUUCUCAGAGGUCUGCGUGCUGCAAUGCGGCGCGGCGAUCGGCAUCAACUACGGGCAGGUGGGCAACAACCUGCCGACGCCGGCGCAGGCGGUGUCGCUCCUGUCGUCGCUGCGCGUGGGCAAGGUGCGCAUCUACGACGUGAACCCGCAGGUGAUGGCGGCGUUCGGCGGCACGGGCAUCGAGCUCAUCGUCACGGUGCCCAACGACCUGGUGCAGCCCAUGGCGGCCAGCGCGGGGCAGGCGGCGCAGUGGGUGGCCGCCAACAUCCGGCCCUACUUCCCGGCGACGCGCGUCACGGGCGUCGCCGUGGGCAACGAGGUGUUCACCGACGACGACGAGGCGCUCAAGGCCAGCCUCGUCCCGGCCAUGCGCAACCUGCACGCCGCGCUGGCGCAGCUGGGCAUGGACGGCUACGUGCACGUCUCCACCGCCAGCUCCCUCGGCGUGCUCGCAAACUCCUACCCGCCGUCGCAGGGCGCCUUCACGCCGGAGUGCGCCGCGCUCAUGCUCCCCUUCCUCCGCUUCCUCGCCGAGACCAACGCCCCAUUCUGGAUCAACGCUUACCCCUACUUCGCCUACAAGGGCGACCCCGCAAACGUGUCCCUGUCCUACGCGCUGUCGGACCCGUACCACGUCGGCGCGGUGGACCCCUACACGCACCUGCAGUACACGAGCAUGCUGUACGCACAGGUGGACGCGGUGAGCUUCGCGGCGGCGCGCCUCGGCUACGGCGGCAUCCCGGUGUACGUGUCGGAGACGGGGUGGCCGUCCAAGGGCGACGCCGACGAGGUGGGCGCCACCGUCGAGAACGCCCGCGCCUACAACCGCAACCUGCUGGUGCGGCAGGUCGGCAACGAGGGCACGCCGCUCCGCCCGCGCCAGCGGAUCGAGGUCUACCUCUUCGCGCUCUUCAACGAGAACAUGAAGCCCGGGCCAACCUCCGAGAGGAACUACGGACUCUACCAGCCCGACGGCCGGAUGGUAUACAACGUCGGCCUCACGCAGCAGCAGACCACGUCGGCGACGGCUCUCUCCCUCGCAGCCUCCUCCGCGCCGCCGUCCACCAAGGAUGUUAGGAAAGACUUCACCAGCAUGUUCCUCUUCACAGCUCUGGCCAUCCUUCUUACCUCGCAGGCUUUCUUACUAGGGUGACAAAAUCACCCAACGGUGUGGCCAUAUGCAUGCAAGCUCAACAAUACAAAGCAAAUGGCCUUGACUUUUGUGGACACAAAGCCCCCAAGACCAAAGGGGGCAGAUGAUGCACCGUGUGAAGGUAUGAAAUGGCCCCCUUGCCAUCUUAUCAUAGGUGACACACCCUUCUUUUGUUUGUCAUGUGGGAGCUUUAUAUCCCUAAUGGCCCAGCCAUGCAAGAGGGAAAGUCACUUUUUAUUUGCAUUUCACAUGCCCCUUCCCUU